CUGCAAUUGAUCGCCACUUUGCAUUCAGCCCAACCUACCAUCCAGUCCCUGUUGGCCUCAAACGACUUCUGUUCCGCCCUUGAUCUUGUUGAGUCUACUCAAGAUCUGCUGACUAGCCCUGACCUUUUUAGUUCAAAAACUGGUUCACUUGUUGCUCAUCGGGACCCUUCUGCCCCCAGUGAAACUGGUGCUUUCGCUGAUUCGUUCGACCAACAGCGACAGCUGCCAUGCUCUUCGGUCGGUUUGCAUCGCGAGUACACCAAUGGCAGGCAGCCCCAAUUGGUCUGUCUUCGUCACUUGGGCGCUCAGUUGACGGAAAUCGCUCAUUUUGUGCGGAGCAUGGUGGUGACUGAGUUCAACAGCGCUAUACGCUAUUAUCUUUCUCCGACUGGGGCCCAAAACGGACCUGAUUUGGUGCCCUGUCUCUUCGGUAUGCUGCAUAUCAGCCGUCAUCAUGACUUUGUGCAGGCCUUUAGGGACGAGAUCAUGCAUCAGUUGAAAGAGGUGAUCCGUGCCAAGCUACCAGAAUCUCAACAGCCAACUCAGCGGUCCCUUAACAAUACCUCGUAUGUUUUGGGGCACAUUUUACUUAAAAUAAUGUAG